AGGGAGGGCGAGGAGUGGCAGCGGCUGCGCAGCCUCGUGGGCCGCCUCCUGCUGCGCCCGCGGGCGGCCGAAGCGUACGCGGGGCCGCUGGGCGCCGUGGUGGGCGACCUCCUGCAGCGCCUGCAGCACCUGCGGGACCGCCACCCCCAGCACCUGGUCCCCGACGUCGCCGCCGAGUUCUACAAGUUCGGGCUGGAAGGCAUCUCCUCCGUCCUCUUCGAGUCGCGCCUGGGCUGCCUGCGGCAGGAGGUGCCGCAGGACACGGAGGCCUUCAUCCGCUCCAUCAACACCAUGUUCGUCAUGACGCUGCUCACCAUGGCCAUGCCCAAGGCCCUGCACCGCCUCUUCCCCAAGCCCUGGCGCACCUUCUGCGAGGCCUGGGACUUCAUGUUCGCCUUCGCCAAGGGCCACGUCGACCGGCGCGUGGCCGGGGCGGCCGAGCGGCUGUGGCAGGGGGAGCCGGCGGAGCACAAGUGCCUGACGGACCAGCUGCUGCGGGAGAAGGUCCCCAUGAGGGACAUCUACGGCAACGUCACCGAGCUGCUGCUGGCCGGCGUGGACACGAUCUCCAGCACCCUG